GGAAAAUAAGAGGAUGAAAGAGUGAAACCGGUAGCUCCCCCUGGUGGUGUGGAGGAAUGAAGGCUUCUGGAUGAAGGCCAUGGAGCUGAAAGUGUGGGUGGACGGAGUGCAGCGCAUCGUGUGCGGCGUCACAGAAUUCACCACUUGCCAGGAAGUGGUCAUUGCUUUGGCACAAGCCAUCGGACGGACGGGCCGGUACACUUUGAUUGAGAAGUGGCGGGACACGGAGCGCCUCCUGGCGCCGCAUGAAAGCCCCGUGGUGUCCCUCAACAAGUGGGGUCAGUAUGCCAGCGACGUGCAGCUCAUCCUCCAAAGAAACGGCCCGUCCAUCAGCGAGCGGCCGACCUCCGAGGGGCUGACUCGUGUCCCAGAGCGGGGACUCUACCACCAGAGCCUCCCACCUCUCGCCAAACUUCAUCCAUCAGGGACGGACCGCUCGUUCAAACGACGGGAGCCCAAACGCAAGUCUCUGACCUUCACUGGGGGCGCCAGGGGUCUGCGGGAGAUAUUUGGAAGAAGCAGAGAUGCUGAAGCCAAACGGACGCAGCAGCGCGGUGUGAACCUGAACUUGAGCAGAGUCGGAGGUGGUGGAACUGCGUCUCUGCCUGGGAGUCCAGCCAGAGAGCUGAACCGGCUGGUGCAGCUGCAGAGAGACAAGCUCCAGGUGCUGGAGAGUCGCCUGCUGGGCUGCGAGGCUGAGCUGCAGGACUGGGAGGAUGUCACUGCACAGAGCAGCGAUGAAGGAAACCUGGAAGACGAGAUGCUGCUUUUGGAGCAGCAGGUGAGGAGGAACGAUGCUGAGAUGAAGGAGGAGGAGUUCUGGCAGAAUGAGCUGCAGAUUGAGCAGGACAGCGAGCGGCUGCUGCGGCAACAGCUAGCAGAGCUGCAGGGCCGCGUGCAUGACUGCGAAGCCAAACUUUCAGAGUACUUGGCACAUGUUCAGAGUAUGGAAACGGGCCUGGAGCGGGAGCGACUGCAGCAGGAGGCUGAGCUCCACCUGAAGGUGCAGGAGGAGGAGGUUCAAGCCCAGUUGCAGAAGGUGAGAGAAGAGCUGGAGGUGCAGAGCCAACAAGCGGCAUGCCUGGAAAGCAGCUGCAAGGCGUUGGAGCGCUCAUUUUGCCAGUCGGGCAAGAGACUUGAGGAGAAGGAGCAGGAGCUGGACCAGCUGACCAAAGAGCUCCGACAGGUCAACCUGCAGCAGUUCAUACAGAAGACUGGUACCAAAGUGACGGUGCUGCCUGCUCAACCCGUGGAGGAGAACAACAGCAGUGGCGUGGAGUUGAAACGACUCGGUUCCUCCCGACUUCUCCCCAGCGCCCUCCGUGCCCUACAGAGCCGCGUCUCGUCCAGCCUAAACCCCGAAGGCAUCUACGUCUGACUCCGUAAAGUCCAGACAGACGCACAGCUGAGCAAACUGAUGAGACGGAAACCUAAAAAAAUCCAAACAAAGAUCUGCAGUUGAAACAGUUUUUUAG